GAUUUCGAAUGCCGCUAAGAGGACUGCGGUGCUGCUCUCUAUGAAACAAGCGAGAGCACCCCGUUGUCGAUACAUAUCGGCCGCUAGCAAACUCACCUCAGAUACUUUUCGAAGCCCGAACCAGAACAAGUUCUCAGAGAGAACGCACGCAUGUGAUGAAGUGACUGUGGAGCAUAUCGGCGCCAGGGUCACUUUGUGUGGCUGGCUGCUUUAUAAAAGGAUGCAGUUCGCGCUCCUAAGAGACGGCUUCGGAGUCACCCAGGUUGUCCUCAAUGAAUCGCUCUACCGAGUCAUCGAAAACGCACCUACCGAGAGCAUACUGCGCGUCGAGGGCAUCGUUGUGAGACGUCCGGACGGGCAGGCCCGCGAGGAUUUACCAACCGGUCAAGUAGAAGUUGUGGCAGACGAGAUCACGGUUUUGAACCUCUGCAAGGAUGUCCCUUUCCAACCCAGGGAGUACCAGAAGAAAACUGAAGCUGUGCGCUUGAAGUACCGGUACAUCGACUUACGACACGAGGAAAUGCAACGGAACUUGAGACUGCGUUCCAAAAUGACGAACACAUUCCGUCGUCAUCUCAUCGAGAACUACGGCUUCUGUGAGGUGGAAACGCCGACACUCUUUCGACGCACACCGGGAGGAGCUAAGGAGUUCCCGGUAGCCUGCCAUUCUCAUCCGCACGAGUUCUACUCCUUGACUCAGAGUCCGCAACAGUUCAAACAAUUGUUGAUGAUAGGGAGCAUCGAUCGCUAUUUCCAGAUCGCUAGAUGCUACCGUGAUGAAGGAGCGAGACCCGAUCGCCAGCCGGAAUUCACUCAAGUUGAUAUCGAAAUGUCAUUCGUAACCAUGGAGAAUCUUAUGAAUCUCCUCGAGGAGCUGAUGAGGGCAGUGUGGCCGAGCAGCCUACAGGAGUUCCCGAGAAUCUCUUACCACGAAUCAAUGGAACUGUACGGGACAGAUAAACCCGAUCUUCGAUACGACCUCUUCAUCGAAGACGCACGGAAUCUUCUGAACGCAGUCGCGGAGAACUUGCCGGAAGGUCAUUGCAUCAAGGCUCUCAGACUCCCGGGAGGCGUCGAGCUCGUCAAAAGCAGACAUCUCAAGGAUUGGCGUAAAGCGGCCAAACAACUCGGUAUCAAUGGUGUUUCCGAAGUGAUAAAACGUGGAGACGGAAGCGUGAAGUCUCCGAUCGCUAGUCUGAUAGACAACGACCAAUUUCUGGAGAAUUCGAUGACCAUCAUAGCGUGGGGGCCGCAGAAAGCUGUUUUGAGAGCUCUAGGGAAAGUCAGGUCGGAUUUCGCACAGCUAUUGCGAUUGAGUAUUAUUUCCUCUUUCAACCCAGAUUUCAAGUUCGCCUGGAUCACUGAUUUUCCGCUAUUCUCGAGCGAUGAAAACGGUAAGCUGGAGUCUGAGCAUCACCCAUUCACCGCACCUCACGAUGAUUACGUCGAAUUCCUCGAUAGCGAUCCUCUGAGGGUCAAGAGCCAGCAUUUUGAUCUCAUUCUCAACGGCUGGGAAAUCGGUGGAGGCUCCAUCCGCAUUCACUCGUCCGCUCUCCAGAGGAAAAUCCUCGCUGACGUUCUCGGACAAGACUGUUCGGAGCUUGAGCACCUCCUGAAAGCUCUAGAUAGCGGCGCACCACCUCACGGGGGCUUCGCAUUCGGGCUUGAUCGUCUCAUCGCGAUUCUAUGUGAAGCACCGUCGAUACGGGAUGUGAUCGCGUUCCCGAAAAGCCACGAUGGUCGAGAUUCGAUGGCCAACGCUCCGGUAGCUCUGACGCAGGAGGAUCUCGAAUAUUUUCAUCUGGGAGGGCUCAAGUCGCCAGAGGGUCGGGAUCCGUCUGGGCACAGCUCAAGCGGAAACCUUGCGUCCUAAUCUUUGUUCAUGCAAUCCUUAAUAGGCCUUAAUAGAACGUCAAUUGAAUGAGCACUGAACCUCGUUCGCUUGCCGCUCAUUCGCGUCGUCAUGCUGUUC